UGGGUAUCUUCUUUGGAGAAGUGUCUGUUCUCAUACCCUUUCCCCAUUUUGAACACUGCCUUUUUAUUAUUGACUUUUAGGAGUUCUUCAUAUACAUUCUAGACACAGGUUCCUUAUCAGACUAUUUGCUGAUAUCCUCUCAUUCUGUAGGUUGUCUCUUCACUUCCUUGAUGGUUUUGUUUACACACAGAUUUUUAAUUUUGAAGUCCAAUUUAGCUGUUUUUUCUUUUGUCCCUUGUGCUGUUGGUGUCUUAUCUAAGAAGCAUAUGCCUAACCCAAGGUUUACUCCUACAUUUUAAGAGCCUUAUUGUUUUGGCUGUUACAUUUAGCUCUGUGGUGCGUGCUGAGCUGAUGGUGUGGUAGAAGGAAGGCUGCGGCAUCAGGCUUUUGCUUGUGGGUGUCCCAUUGUUGCAGCACCCUGUGUUGGAGAGACUCUUCUUUCCUCCCGACUUGUCUUGUCAUCCUACCUGAGAAUCCGUUGACCCUAAAUGUGAGGGCUUAUUUCUGGACUCUUGUUUCUGUUCUGUUGGUCUGUAUAGCUGUCCUGCAACUGCCCAGUCUUGACUGCUGUGGCUGCAUAGGAAGCCUGGACAUCAGAAAGCCCGCGUCCUCCACAUUCGUUCUUUUCAAGGUUGUUUCGGCUCUCCCGCGCCCUGUGCGUUCCAGUUUUGGAUCAGCUUGCUGAUUGGUGGAGCAGGCAGCUGGGAUUUUGGUAGGGAUGAUGUUGAAACGGAAGAUCAGUUGGGGAAUGUCUAACAACAUUAAGUCUUCUGGCUCCUGGGCUGACUUUGAACCCACGUUGUCUGAAUCUAGAGCGCAGGCUCUUGACCAAUGCACCUGUCCUCACACUGUGCUCUUUUCACACGCAUUAACAGUGUGUCCUGGUCCUCACACUGUGCUCUUUUCACACGCAUUAACAGUGUGUCCUGGUCCUCACACUGUGCUCUUUUCACACGCAUUAACGGUGUGUCCUGGUCCUCACACUGUGCACUUUUCACACGCAUUAACGGUGUGUCCUGGUCCUCACACUGUGCACUUUUCACACGCAUUAACGGUGUGUCCUGGUCCUCACACUGUGCACUUUUCACACGCAUUAACGGUGUGUCCUGGUCCUCACACUGUGCACUUUUCACACGCAUUAACGGUGUGUCCUGGUCCUCACACUGUGCACUUUUCACACGCAUUAACGGUGUGUCCUGGUCCUCACACUGUGAACUUUUCACACGCAUUAACGGUGUGUCCUGGUCCUCACACUGUGCACUUUUCACACGCAUUAACGGUGUGUCCUGGUCCUCACACUGUGCACUUUUCACACGCAUUAACGGUGUGUCCUGGUCCUCACACUGCACUUUUCACACGCAUUAACGGUGUGUCCUGGUCCUCACACUGUGCACUUUUCACACGCAUUAACGGUGUGUCCUGGUCCUCACACUGUGCACUUUUCACACGCAUUAACGGUGUGUCCUGGUCCUCACACUGUGCACUUUUCACACGCAUUAACGGUGUGUCCUGGUCCUCACACUGUGCACUUUUCACACGCAUUAACGGUGUGUCCUGGUCCUCACACUGUGCUCUUUUCACACACAUUAACAGUGUGUCCUGGGGACUUUCACGGCAGGGUAUGUGAUAUUCCUCAUUAUUUUUAACAGCUACAUCAGAAUUUACUACGGAUCUACUGCAGUGUGUUUAACUAGUUCAUUCACACUGUUUUCCGCUUUUUUCGUGUUAACAUCAGUGGUGUCCUGAACCUAUGUAUUUUGUCCACUCUUUUGGGUGUUAGAAGAUAAAUUUUUAGAAGUUCCGUUGCUGAAUCGAAGAGUAUGGACGUUUCAGUUUUGGAGAGAUGCCUCCAGAUUUCUCCCUAGCAUACCGUGGUUUGCUUUCCCACGGGUGGGGACACCCUGCUGCGCUGGGUGCUCUGAUGCGCGUAUCUUUCUAGGAGACCCAUGUAACACUGCAUUUUCCAGGGUUUGAAUGUUCACUUUUGACUACUCUUUGCGAAUACAUUAAAAGAAAACACAGAAACAGAUGAAAAUGUCAGAUUGUUGCCAAAUCCUGCAACACGAAAUCAGAAGCUGAUCUAAAAUCUGAACUAGCAGAAGCCUGCCGGCUUUACCGGUGAAGCCAAACUCAGGGCAAGCAGAGAAUUUUUAUUGUUAAUAAAGGAAAUCAGCUUCAGGAAGUCUCAGGUACCCACCUCCUGGGAACGGGCUUCAGGACACACUGCUAAUGCUCCGACCCGUGUCAGAGCCAGGUAUACGCUUCCCCACAGCUGGAAUGGGCGUCACAAACAAGCUGGAACGAGCGCUUCGUUAGGCGAGCAGCUAACGCUUUGUCAGCUUUCAACUUUCAUUUCACAUACCUGACGUUAAUUUUCAAUACCUUAAAUUAUUCUGACUUGGCAUGUAUUUUGUUUAAUGCUCUCUAUCUUAAUGUUUUCUACUAUCAGGUGUCUAUCAAGUCAAGAUCACUUUACAUGCUACUGCGGCAUAUAAUCUUAUCACAAUAUAUUGGUUCAUAAUAAUAAAAGCCACCAAAUAUUGAUUACAUAUACGUGUAUGUAUCUAUACAUCUAUUUUUUUUUUUUUUAAUAGAAAACCUUUGACACCUUCACUGUAAUCCUAUCAGGGAAAAAUGAUUCUGUUUAUUAUUGUCACUUACUACUUUAAAAUAUGUAAGUAAAGUGAUAUGAAAAAUACAUCAUGACUAAUGAUUUGGGGAAUUCUCAGGAAUUCAGAUUUCUCGCCUCCGAAUGCUGCGGAUUAGUAUCUGUUGGAGAACUGGAAGCCCUCGCUGGGGCGGGGGGUGUGUCUUCAUGAGUUAGCCUAAGAGCCCAGCUGUUGUUUAUAGCAUUUCCACUGGGCUUUGCCUUUCAGAGUUCCCAGUGUCCUGCCUUAUUUAGGGGCUCUGCUAGUUCAUUGGGUCUUUCUGCUUCUCUAUUUUAUUCAUUUACUUGAUUAUUUUCCAUUUAUUGUUUGAUGACCUGAUGUUGCAUUUAAUUAAGAGUCUGCUCAAUGUUCUUUCACUGCUGUUGGGAAAAGCGUCUUAGUCUGUUUCGUGCUGCUAUAGCAGUGCCACCGACUGCGUAACUGACAAUGAACAGGCGCUUACUGGCUCGUAGUUCUGGAGGUGGAUGUCCACCUGGCGAGGGCAGAAGGGCAGGAGAGAGACCCUUUAUGCCCCUUUUAAAGGUCAUUAAACCCACCCAUGAGGGCACUGCCACAUCACCUUUUAAAGGCUCCAUCUCCCAGGACCCUUCCAUUGGCAAUUAAGUUUCACCGUGAGUUUUCAGGAGACACCAUCCACACCAUAGCAGAGGCAGCAGGCGUGGUACUCAGCCUGGUUUUCUCUUC